CAGUCAUGACCCUGUGUAUUGAGACACCACCUGUGUCAGUCAGCGCUACUGUGUCACCGUUGAGGUCGCUGUUAUUCCAGUGGACUUCAGUCUGAAGCCGGACACACAGAGAGGAACGACAGCGGCUUUGGAAAAGGGAAUAUUCAGCAUCGAGGAGGGAAUCUGUCACCGCUAACCGGGACAGUCUGUCGCUCAUCUGUCCUCAAAAGAAGCUGCUCUUACCGGAUUUACACACAAUAGCUGUGGAGUAAUUGUGGGGUGCAAUGGAUGAUGGGAAGCCUGUGUGGGCGCCCCACCCAACCGACGGGUUUCAACUGGGCAUGAUAGUGGACAUCGGUGCAGAUGCGCUGACCAUUGAGCCCCUUCAUCAGAGAGGAAAGACGUUCCUGGCUCCCAUCAGUCAAGUGUUUCCCGCUGAAGACGAUGUCAACAAACAUGUUGAAGACAACUGUUCUCUUAUGUAUUUGAAUGAGGCCACUCUCCUGAACAACAUCCGCAUCCGUUACAGCAAAGACAUGAUCUAUACGUUUGUGGCUAACAUCCUCAUAGCUGUGAACCCGUAUUUCGACAUCCCUAAACUCUACUCUCCAGAGUCUAUUAAGAGCUAUCAGGGACGCUCUUUGGGGACUCUUCCCCCUCAUGUCUAUGCUAUCGCGGAUAAAGCCUAUAGAGACAUGAGGGUUCUGAAGAUGAGCCAGUCCAUCAUUGUGUCUGGUGAAUCAGGAGCUGGGAAAACAGAAAACACAAAGUUUGUUCUCAGGUAUUUAACCACAUCUUACGGCACAGGCCAAGAUAUAGAUGAGAGGAUUGUUGAAGCCAACCCCUUGCUUGAAGCUUUUGGAAAUGCAAAGACGGUCAGGAACAACAACAGCAGCCGCUUUGGAAAGUUUGUGGAAAUUCAUUUUAAUGAGAAGAAUGCAGUUGUGGGCGGUUUUGUCUCUCACUAUCUGCUGGAGAAGUCUCGGAUUUGCAUGCAGAGUCAAGAAGAGCGAAACUAUCAUAUAUUUUAUAGACUGUGCGCAGGGGCGUCAGAGGACAUCAGGAACAUGCUCCAUCUCAACUCCCCCGACAGCUUCCGGUAUUUGAAUCGUGGCUGCACCCGAUACUUUGCAAACAAGGACUCAGAUAAACAGAUCAUGCAAAACAGGAAAAGUCCUGAGGACCAUAAGCAUGGGAAAGUAGGUGCGUUGAAGGACCCUCUGCUAGAUGACUUGGGAGACUUCAACAGGAUGGUGGUGGCCAUGAAGAAGAUCGGCUUGGAUGACACCGAGAAGCUCAAUCUCUUCAGAGUGGUGGCCGGCGUUCUUCAUCUCGGCAAUAUCGACUUUGAAGAGACAGGAAGCACCUCUGGUGGCUGCAUUUUGAAGAACCAGUCAAGUCAGACUCUGGAGUAUUGCGCUGAUCUCCUGGGCCUCGACCAGGACGACCUGAGAGUGAGCCUCACCACCAGGGUCAUGCUCACCACUGCAGGGGGCGCUAAAGGCACUGUCAUCAAGGUGCCUCUGAAGGUGGAACAGGCCAACAAUGCCCGUGAUGCCCUCGCCAAAGCCGUUUACAGCCGGCUCUUUGAUCAUGUGGUCAAACGGGUCAACCAGUGCUUCCCCUUUGAUACGUCCUCCAACUUCAUCGGCGUGCUGGACAUUGCUGGCUUUGAGUAUUUCGAGCACAACAGCUUUGAGCAGUUCUGCAUCAACUAUUGUAAUGAAAAGCUGCAGCAGUUUUUUAAUGAACGCAUACUGAAAGAGGAGCAAGAGCUGUAUCAGAGAGAAGGCCUGGGAGUGAAUGAAGUUCAUUAUGUUGAUAAUCAGGACUGCAUAGAUCUGGUCGAGGCAAAGCUAGUGGGUGUCUUGGAUAUUUUGGAUGAGGAGAACCGUCUUCCGCAGCCCAGCGAUCAGCACUUUGCGGAGGCAGUUCACAGCAAGCACAAAGAUCACUUCCGUCUCACAGUACCCAGGAAGUCGAAGCUUACAAUCCACAGGAAUUUGAGAGAUGAUGAAGGUUUCAUCAUAAGACAUUUUGCUGGCGCUGUGUGCUAUGAGACUACCCAGUUUGUGGAGAAGAAUAAUGACGCCCUCCACAUGUCUUUGGAGAGCCUGGUGUGUGAGUCGAAGGACAAGUUUGUCCGGGAUCUUUUUGAGAACAACUCCAAUUCCAAGGACUCAAAGCAGAAGGCUGGCAAACUCAGCUUUAUCAGUGUGGGAAACAAAUUCAAGACCCAACUAAACCUUCUACUGGAAAAGCUCCGCAGUACAGGCUCAAGUUUCAUUCGUUGUGUGAAGCCUAAUUUGAAGAUGGUGAGCCACCAGUUUGAAGGAGCUCAGAUUCUGUCUCAGCUGCAGUGCUCAGGCAUGGUAUCAGUGCUGGACCUGAUGCAGGGGGGCUUCCCUUCCCGAGCACCGUUUCAUGAGCUUUACAAUAUGUACAAGCAGUACAUGCCCAACAAACUCACAAGGCUCGAUCCACGACUCUUCUGCAAAGCUCUGUUUAAAGCGCUGGGCCUCAACGAGAACGAUUACAAGUUUGGAUUGACCAGAGUUUUCUUCCGCCCUGGGAAGUUCGCAGAGUUCGACCAGAUCAUGAAGUCUGAUCCGGACCACCUGGCCGAGCUUGUAAAACGGGUCAAUAAGUGGCUGGUGUGCAGCCGCUGGAAGAAAGUCCAGUGGUGCACACUGUCAGUUAUUAAACUGAGGAACAAAAUGAGCUACAGGGCAAGCGCCUGCAUUAGGAUUCAGAAGACGGUUCGCAUGUGGCUGUGCAGAAGAAGACACAAGCCUCGUGUCGAUGGCCUGGUGAAGGUGAAAAAUUUGAGGAAGAGGAUGGAGAGGUUCAACGAGGCUGUGAACGGACUCAAGGAGGGUAAAGCGGAAAUGAGCAAGCAGAUCGAGGAACUGGCCGCCUCCACCGACGCUCUCAUGGCCAAGAUCAAGACCACUGUAAUGAGCCGCAAGGAGAUCGAGCAGGAGUAUGAGGGCCUGGUGAAACGCUCCGAGCAGCUGCUCUCCUCAAUGCAGAAGAAGAAGCAGGAGCAGGAGGAGACGGAGAGACUCAAGCACAUCCAGGAGGAGAUGGAGAAAGAGCGCAAGAGACACGAAGAGGAGGAGCAGUUACGCAAACAGGAGGAAGAAGACCGCCGCAUGAAAUCUGAGAUGGAGCAGAAGAGGAAGCAGGAGGAAGAGGAGAGGAAGAAAAGAGAAGAGGAAGAGCGAGUCCUGCAGGCCGAACUUGAGAUGCAGCUGGCAUUGGACCGGGAGGAAGAGACUCAGAGACAGACCAUUCUGGAGCAGGAGAGGAGGGACAGAGAGUUGGCCAUGAGGAUCGCCCAGAACGAGGCAGAACUCAUCCAGGAUGAAGCCCAGAUGGAUCCCAUCUUGCGCAGAGAUGCUACCACAGGUGUUUGGUUCUUCACAGAGAUGGGUGCGCAGGUGCAGGCCAACAAGGUGGCAGCUGGGGUGAAGAAGUACGACCUGAGCAAGUGGAAGUACGCUGAGCUGCGAGACGCCAUCAACACCUCCUGUGAUAUAGAAUUGUUGGCAGCUUGCCGAGAAGAAUUUCACCGUCGUCUGAAGGUCUACCAUGCCUGGAAAUCAAAGAACAAGAAGCGAAAUACAGACACAGAGAUGAGGGCUCCAAAAUCGGUCACCGACUACGCCCAGCAAAACCCUGCUCCACCUGUCCCAGCCCGGCAACAAGAGAUCGCGAUGAACCGACAGCAGCGUUACUUCCGCAUUCCCUUCAUCCGGCCCGCAGACCAGUACAAAGACCCCCAGAACAAGAAGAAAGGCUGGUGGUACGCUCACUUUGAUGGACCCUGGAUCGCUAGGCAGAUGGAGCUUCAUCCAGACAAGCAGCCGAUCCUCUUGGUUGCAGGUAAAGAUGACAUGGAGAUGUGCGAGUUGAGUCUGGAGGAGACCGGCCUCACACGAAAACGUGGAGCCGAGAUCCUGCCCCGGCAGUUUGAGGAGAUCUGGGAGCGCUGCGGUGGAAUCCAAUACUUGAAGAAUGCUAUUGAAAGCAAGCAGGCCCGUCCCACCUACGCCACCGCCAUGCUUCAGAAUCUCCUCAAGUGAACAUCACACAUUUCUCUUAUUGGUUCACUUUAUCUAUGCACAUUUAGAUUAAAAGUUGUGCUGCUAGAAAAAAGGGCAACUCUAGUGGAAGUCUAAUUCACUUUUUUUGUUUGUAGUUUGUUCCUUAUUUUGCUGUGACCUUAGAAACCAGUUUUCAAACUAAUCUGAGCCUUCUUGCUCAGAGAUGCCUUAAGAUUUUCAAAAAAUUCACAUCUCACUUGAUAGGGAUGUUAUUUAAAUGUCACCCCUCAUUUAAAGGACUUAUAAAGGACAUUUCGCUGUGCAGUGACAGACAUUUCUAAAAAUAUCCUUGCUUGCCCCUUCUUUAUUAUUACAGUUGAUGUGUCAUUUGUGACAUGUUAAAGAGCCCCUAUUAUACAUUAAAAAGUCAUAUUUUGGUUUUGUGGGUCUCCAAUUACAGGCUGAUAUGCAUGCAAGGUCAAAAACACUUUUGUUUUCUUAUAAUUUGCAUUUAUUUUUACCUCAUUUUCCCAACGGCUCCCAUAUGAUUUGUUCAAAGAUUAAUUUGUUCCCAAACCCCUCCUUAGCACGAUGCUAAUCUGCGCUGAUUAGUCUGAUGACCUAGUCUGUUGCGAUUAGUCGACUGCGUUCAGUGCGACACAGUGUGAAACGCCCACCACAGCUUAUCUACAUUGUUGAAGUAGUCAGAGUGCAGAGUAUAUGUGUGAGCCCAAUGCAGGAGCGCAUUAAAGCAAUACAGUUAAACAUCAGCAUAUCGCUCUAUUCUUAACCACAAGUAAAAACAACAACACACAUUCAGUAUUAGUCCACACAGUGGCAAAAGCUGAACUAUUUUAAAACUUGACCGCUGCAUGUGUAGGAACAGCUGACGGUAGUUAUAGCAAUGACAAACGACAGAGGAUCGCGAGCUAAUGGACGCAUUUUAAUCCAUAAACAAAGCAGCAUGCUGUGCGUUUUCAACGUGGUUUUAGACGCGAUAUGUGAAAAUUAAGAGUUAAUCAGAUAGAGUACAUGCCGCGUAGAGCGAUUACAAGUAGCCAAACACAAACAAAUACAUAAUUUGCAAGCUAGAGAAACAAGGAGACAGCCAAUUUAAUCUUACACUUGUGAAACUGAUCCAUGAACUGUGUACUGAUAAAGUUUGUCAAAAUCUCAUACAUCAAUAGUCUUUUUUGAUCCUUCUUUUAACAAACGACCAACAAAUUCCCGGUUGCAGGGUAGAUUAUUGCAUUAAUCACUACAACGUUCACUCAUUAAUGUUCACUCACCUUCAGUCCCACACUCACCAGCACUGCUAGCGUUUGAAGUGAAAGGAGCGUUCACGUUUUACCGGAUCCAAAACUUUAUAUUUAGUUUGUCUCGACGUGGAUAUCAACAUGCAAAAAAUCCUGACGAACGACGAAUCAUUUAAACGACUUUUAAGUCGAAUCGUUUAUUUUAAAUUGGAUAUUUUUAAACAAGGUUGAUUUAAACCUCAGCUGGAUGUUUUCAUUCACUUAGAGCUGUGCUGCACACUGUAUGGAAGGUCAUUUUCAAAAUCCAUAAUAUGGGCUCUUUAAAAUAUGCUAAAAAUGAUAAUAUAUUCCUCAAAAGAAAUCGCUAAAUGUUUAUUUAUUUAAGCAUCCUGACCAGCCCUGGCAUCAUCAGCUCAACCAAUGGUGUAUUUGGAGGUGUGUCCAUUUAUUUUAAUUGUUAAACCAAUAGCAGUUUUUUCACACUAUUGCUGGUGCAGCAAGACAUUUUACCUUUUAAAGUAAAAUUCUGCUAUAUUACUUAAUAUUACUAUAUAGUAACAUAUUACUAUAACAUUAUUGUAAAGAAAUAUGUUAAAACAUCAAAUAGCUAGUCAAAGUAUCCCUAAUUGAAUCAAAUAACGGCAUUAAAGGCUAAUGAGGAACAUGCACCGAAAUACAUUAGGUUUGAAUAUUUUCUCUCAGCUUUGCAAAUGCGACCAGCAGAAUAGUUUCUGAGAAAUGCACCAUCUGAAAAUGCCUUUACAUAUAUUUGAUAAUGACUUUUAUAGAUGCGUUUAAAAGCAGCUUCGGUUCAUAAAAAGGAGAGUCACUGCUGCAUUGCGUGGUUUCGCUCAGCGAUUUUGUACUUAAAUCAUGGUGAUACGCUAAAGGGCAUAUUCAUUUCUGUUCAGUGAAGUGAUAAUGGCACCUUUGUUAAUGAUUUGCUGUGAAUUCUGUCGGCGUGUGUGGUAGAUUUCUGUCAUUUGUACUUUUAUUUAUGUACCGAGUCAAGGAAAUAUUUCAUUUAAAACGAGCUCGUAUGCUGGAGUGUCUCGUUAUUCGCUUCUUAUCUCAUUUGGUCAUAAUAACUGCCUGAAGAACAGAAGUAAUAGAAAUGGAGAUGACAUUCGAAGUGCUUUGAAACUUGGCACGGACCGAAAUUGCUGCAUUUGAUCAAUUUGCUGUCAUUAUCCAGACUUUGUUUAUUCAAAUGCUAAUGCUUUUCCAACUGAAACGGCGUCAUCUCAAACCAACGGUUUAUUAAUAUUAUAAUUGGUAAUCACUUGUUUCCUGUCUGUCAGCUUAUCUUUGAUGUGUCUGGGUUUAAUAUGAUUGAUUGUCUUAUUUUUGACUGGCAACUGUUGCUCUGAUUACUUUACUAGCCCAAAAUAAACACUUUCCAUAUGAAA